UAUUAGUACGCAUGCCAACAUAUGAUUUCCGUUUCCGGUAAUAGAAAAAGCGUCUGCAAUCAUUCACAUGAACAAAAACCUAUUUAAUAUUAUAAUUAGAACAAGAUUAUGAAGUUUUAUGUGCACAGUGAAGAUCCAGAAAUUACGCUUGUUAUUAAAUGGGACAAAACAACUGGAACAAUAAGUGAUUUAUCAGAGAUUGUUACUGAAAGUUUAAAGAAAAAGAUUCCCAAUAUUAUGAAUGAAAAGAUACAGCUUGUCUUCAAAAUUAGAGGGAAAAUAUUAUCCAAUGACGACAUUGUGUGUAAGAAAAUAAAACAUAUGGAUGAUGUGGAUGUUCUCUUGAAAGCCUUGAAAACUUCUAAUGAAGUUUUUGUAGAUCAGAGAUGCCAGCAAGUAAAGAAAUCCUCAGAAAUCAUCAAGGAUUAUAUAUUUAAGGCUAAAAGUCUAAUGGAGAAACAGAGAGCAAGAACUGCUAUAUUGUUAUAUGAAGAAGUUCUUGCCAUUGACCCCAAAUGCAGUGCAGCUUUCACAGGACUAGUUGACUGUUAUUUGCAAGCAAAACGACCACAGAAAGCUUUAUUUUAUCUCAGACAGUUACAGAAAUUACAGAUAACAGAUGCAAGCAACCAGGUUUUAUUUAGAUUUGCACAAUGUUAUUUGAAAUUAGGUGAAGCAGAAAAGGCCAUUGAUGUUCUCCAAAAGUAUUGUAUUGAUUUAAAGAAGAGUGGAGGUACAGACACAAAACAUAAACACCAGGUUCAGGUUUUAUUAGCGAAAGCCUAUCUGUUUAAAGGAGAAAAGGAUAUGGCCAUAGUUUUAUUGCAGGGAAUUUUGAGACAAGAUAAAACUUGUGUUGAUGCUUUAACAGAAUAUGCACCCCUUUUGUACCCUCUAGGCCCAGAUCAGAGUGAAGAAGCAAUGACAAUUUUGUUAACUUUACUAGCAAAUGAUAAAGACAAUAGUUACAUAAGAGAGAAAUUUACAUGGGCUGUUCAACAACCAGAUGGUCUUAAGAUCCUAAAGAGUGUGGCAGGGAAAGCAUGGUCAGACAUAGCUUCUUUGGUGUUCAUGGCUACAUCUGUCAGAGAAUGUGGAGGUGUUGAUGAGGCUAUCUCUAUCAUGGAACAUGCCUAUGAUUUGAAGAAGAGUGACUCGCAUACUCUGUUGACAUAUGUACACAUGCUGGAGCUGAUAGGUAAACAAGGCAUUGGAAUACAGCUUAUAAAGAAGUACAUUGAAGACUUCCCUGCUAUGGCUAUUGGUAAUUUUACAUGCAGGAAUUUACACAAUUGUACCAAGUUCUUGUCUACUGAAAAGUUUUCUGCAGCUUUGGCUAAAGAAUUAGUGGUUGAAUCUACCACACAGCAGGAAGAUACCUUUACCUUUACUCCUGAUCAGCUGUACCUCCUAGCAUUACUACAUACACUGGUUAAAAUCCUGUUUGUGAAGGGUUAUCUCAGUGUAUUACCUCUCAUUACAGAUAUACUUGAUCCAAUAUCAGCCAACAAAGAUCUGCACCUAACGAAUAUUAGGAAUGAAGCAGCUUAUUUCACAUGUAUCAGUAAAGUGAUGACAACCAAACAUAAUUUACAGUUUGAUCUAGAGAAAGAAAAGUUUAUAUAUUUGGUUGGUGAUAGUCACUGCAUAACGUCUGCAUGGCAACAUAUAAAAUUCAAGGAAGAAACAGUUACCAUACAUCCAGUAUUAUCAACAGGGACUAAAAUAUGGCAUUUAAGGGAAGAGAGCCAAUUUUAUCCAAAGAUAAACUUUUAUAAUGCAAUUAAAGUUAUUCCUGAUAAUGCAGCUGUUAUGCUAUGUUUUGGUGAAAUCGAUUGCAGAGAAGCUUUGUUACUAUGUGUUGAGAAAUCUAAAUAUGAUAGUAUAGAAGAGGCUAUUGAUACAGUUAUAGAUAUAUAUAUAGAAGUUAUUAAAGAUUUAUACAAGAAAUAUAAUUGGAACAUCUAUAUACACCCUGUAAUGCCAGUAUUGGAUAUCACAAGAUCACUUGUAAUGCAGUUUAAUUUAAGACUUAAACAAAGAAUAAAGAAAGAGUCGACAAUAAAGUGGCUACAAUUUGUGGAUGAGUUAUUAUAUACUAAUGAAGAUAAUAGCUUAGUUUUAAAAGACUGCUACAAAUUCGAUGGGACUCAUGUUCAUCCAAGAUAUACAGCUUUACUGGAAACAUCUUUAAGAACUUGUACAGAUGUGUGAUGUUAGCUUUUGAAGGCAGCGUCUCUCUGUCUUCAUACUAUUGACUUGUUGUUUAAGAUUAUUCUUAACAAGUUUAGCAGGUCUACAAUAUAUUCUUAUCAAACUUAACAAUU